AUGCAAAAUGGUGAACAGGAUGACCUAAUAUGCUUGGACGACAUAACUUUACUUGAUGAAGACUGUGGACUAGGCACAUUCGAUGCGGAUAAAACGUCUGAUAGUGCUCAAGUCAUUAACAACACUGAGGAAGGUGUUGUGCCCACUACUGGAAUGCGAUUUAAAAGUGUAGAAAAGGUUAAGAGUUUUUACAAGCAACAUGCUGUGAAAUAUGGUUUUGGUGUUCGAACUCGUACAUCAAAAAAGGAUGACAAUAACCAGUUGUGUUACAUGAAAUUAGUUUGCUCAAGGGAAGGGAAGUAUGUGUCCCAAAUCCAGCCAGAAUUGAAGACCCACCCAACCCAAAAAAGACAAUGUUCAACAUGCUUAACAACAGUAAACAAAUCAGAAGCAUGGAUACUAAGCAUUGUGGUUCAUAAUCACAAUCAUGACAUUAGUCCAACCAAAUCAAGGUUAAUACGUGAAAAUAGAAGAUUGAAUUUGCAGGCUCAGCGAACACUUGAUAUUAAUGACGAGGUUGGUGUACGUUUGAACAAGACAUUUAGGUCCUUGGUUGGUCAAGCAGGAGGAUUUGUCAACUUACAGUUUCUUGAGCGAGACAUAGGGAAUUACAUCGAGCAGCAAAGAAGAGCUUUUGGCAAGGAGGGAGAUGGCCAGGCUUUGAUUCAACAUUUCUCAAGAAUGAGAGAGUUGAAUAAUUCCUUCUAUUAUGAAAUUGACACUGAUGCUGAAAAUAUCAUCAUUGAUGUGUUUUGGGCAGAUGCAAGGAGUAGAGUUGCGUCAGUGGACUUUGGUGAUGUCAUAUCAUUCAACACUACAUACCUCACCAACAAAUACGACAUGCCGUUCGCACCCUUCUUUGGUGUUAACCAUCAUAGCCACUCAAUUCUACUUGGAUGUGGGCUGGUCUUUGCAGAGGAUGCAUCAACUUUCACAUGGCUCUCUCAAUGCUGA